CUGGGCCUCGUCGGCCGCCGUAGGAGAGCGCCGGCCGCGGCGGCGCCACGUUCCCUGCGGCGGCUGCAGACGAAUCUGCUGGGCUUCGGGGUGGUUCCCGUCCACCAUGGCCUUCACCCUGUACUCGCUGCUGCAGGCAGCCCUGCUGUGCGUCAAUGCCAUCGCGGUGCUGCACGAGGAGCGAUUUCUCAAGAACAUCGGCUGGGGAACAGACCAGGGAAUUGGUGGAUUCGGAGAGGAGCCAGGAAUUAAAUCUCAGCUAAUGAACCUUAUUCGAUCUGUAAGAACCGUAAUGAGAGUGCCAUUGAUAAUAGUAAACUCAAUUGUAAUUGUAUUGCUUUUACUAUUUGGGUGAAGAUCAGAGCAGGAAAUGGAGACUCAGAAGAGAUGUCAGCGGAAGUUAUUACUUUUGUCUUUAUUGGAAUAUACAUAUCUUAGCUGUCCUUGGACUUGACAAAAAUGUAAACAUAAAAACAAUACAAACAAAAAACCCAGAGUCUAUCUGAUUUAAAAAAAAAUGUUGCACUUAACAGUUUCAUUAUAAAAAGAUCAGAUCAUCAGAGGUAUAACUAUCCAGGAUUGGAAUACAUUUGAUUGCUGACUGUUAAUAAAAGUUUGUGCUAUGGUUAAGAUUGUUCAAAGGAUGCAGGACUGUCACUUCUGUGUUUUUAGAGCUUCUUCUCUCACUUCUCAGGGAUGCUUUUUUUUUUAACUUUUGAAGUUCAUUGUGACUUAGUUAUGCUCAGAGAGUGAUUAUCCUCCUAGAUAAAACUUAAAGGAUUUAAAAACUAAUUACUACAUAUAAAGUGAUAAAUAGGUAAUUGAGAUGGUUUUAUUUUGACCUCUUGUUAAAUAUUUUGUCUAUAUUGUCUUGGCUUUGAAAAAUUCAAAUUCAUAGUAACUAUCAAGGAGCAAUACAGUCUGACUUUAGGGAGAAUUACAAUUUUGUAAAUCAGUCAGUGGCGAUUGUGUUUUUGUUUUAAAUUAUUUUCAUGCAUUUCUUAUUUUAAUAACUGGUCUGCAUAAUGAGACCAGAUUAGUAUCUACAUAUUUUCAUUGGUAGAAAAGUAUAGACCCUUUUUACAAUGGUGACUUAUAUUUUGAAAUCAGCAUAAACAUUAGCCUCUAAGAGCCAAUCCUGAACAAUCACAAUUAUAAACUAUAAUAUGUAAGAAGACUUAUCUAUGUAAGAAGACUUAACGUAUGUAAGAAGCAUUUACCUGUCUCAAAAGUAUCCAUGUUUCCAUUUCUUGGAGUAAUACAUGAAGGCUUGUGAGUCUUAAUUCUUAUUUCCAUCUGUCAUUAGGACAUUCAUGCUGGAUAAGUUUUGUUUUGAUGUCUUAGACCAUUCUGUAUAUAACUCAUCCCAUAAUACAGUUUUAUGCAGAAAGAAUAAAACUAUGUAAAUGUUUUUUUUCUAGAAAUUAUGGGUUAUAAUAUUUAAAAGGGGAAGAAUUGCAUCUUUGUUUAUAGCACAUUUGUAAAUAAAGUAAAAUUUCUAAGUCAA